CUUCAUAGCAUGGUUUAAAGUCGUCUUGCUGUUAUGAUUUACCUUUGCAAGCAUUGCUUAUAUUGUUACACUAAGACUUUUAUACCCAGAAAUAUCUUUUUAAGCAGACGCUCUAGUUGACUAAACUGAACAGAGUCUGUAUAUACAUGACUUUUUGAAUGGGUAACUGAAAGCGCGCUGGUGGUAUAUUCGUGCAAAAACUAACAAUUGUAAAUCGUUACAAUGGGAUUUUAUUUGAUACCAGAGUCGGCGUAGAAGUAUUAGUUAUUGGCUUAUGCACAUGUACCAAAUAUGGUUAACUCCCAUAUUAGUCAUCAAAUUCUUACAAUUCCCUACGAGUUUCCCAAUGAUAAACCCAAACACAAAGCCUGAGGUGAUUACAUUGUAAAAACUAGGGAAUGGUUUUCGGCUCAUGCUUAGGAUCUGCGGCAGUAAGAACUCUUCGACCUAUUGGAUUUCAUGUAUAUUUUCAAAGGUAUCUGCUUACCUCAUCCAAAUCAGCAGCAGUAUCCGUCCCAGUCAGUCAGACAACAACUCAGGCCGCAUCAAUUGUUGGUCGAUGGCUCUUGGGUCUUUCUGGCAUGACUUUUGGUGCUAUUUUACUUGGUGGAAUUACAAGAUUGACCGAGUCUGGACUCUCAAUGGUUGACUGGCAUCCGUUUAAGGAGGUACCUCCUUUCAGUGAAGAACAUUGGCGACUAGAAUUCGAAAAAUACAAGAAGUUUCCAGAACAUGAACAUUAUGUAAAGGGGCGUGGUGAAAUGUCAAUCACUCAAUUCAAAUUUAUAUGGUAUAUGGAAUUUAUUCACCGAAUGUGGGGUCGGACGAUCGGUGCUGCUUUUGUUUUUCCAGCAAUCUAUUUUUUCUACAGAGGUUAUUUCUCUUCUGUCAUGAAAUCUCGUGUUUUUAUUUAUGGGGGACUAAUUGGAUUUCAGGGUGUUUUGGGCUGGCUUAUGGUACGCAGUGGCCUCAAAGAACCUAGACGACCAGCAGGUCUUCCACCAAAUGAGAAUUAUAUUGGUGUUCCGCGUGUGGAUCAUUAUUGGCUUUGUGCUCACUUGAUUUCAGCGAUUAUUCUAUAUUCAUUACUUCUAUGGGGUAGCUUUAACCAUUUAGCUUCCCAUUCUUUGGUUAAACCAUUCAGCGGCAUCAAACGACUUAAAGCAUAUGGUCAUAUGGGUAAAGCUCUAACGUUUGCAACCGUAAUUUAUGGUGCUUUUGUGGCUGGUCUUGAUGCAGGAUUAAUCUAUAAUUCAUGGCCAAAAAUGGCUGAUAAGUGGAUUCCCGAUGAUUUAAUUGUAUCUCGAUAUGGUUCUACUGUGAGGAACUUUCUGGACAAUCCAACUACAGUUCAAUUUACUCAUCGAAUGCUAGCUUAUACAACAGUUUUAACCACAGGAUUAUUAUGGGCAAAUGUCAUGCGUUUAGGUGUAGCAUGUACAGGACCACGUAUCAGGAAUGCUGCACACUUGGUUUUUGGUGCUGUGUUAGGACAAUCAUUACUUGGCAUAACAACUUUAUUAUGUUAUGUACCAGUUUCAUUGGGAUCAUUGCAUCAAUGCGGUGGUGUUGUUUUACUUUCAUCCUUACUCUGGUUUACGCAUUGUUUACGUGCUGUUCCAAAAUAAAAAGUUGCUAACAUUUUUUUAAUAUAAAAUAAUUGCAAUUUUUUAUCAUCUCGUUCAUUUUCUAGAUGUUCCAUUAUAAUCAUUGUUAAUACAAUCUUGAUAAAUAUAAUGCAUAAAGUAUUCAAAUUGCUUCAGAAUAUGUUAACUAAAAAAACUAAUUAUAUUCACAUCCAAUCAUCUUUUUAGAGGGACUAAGAGAUUAAUCUUAUGGUUAAAAUGCAGGAUUUUGACAUCUGUAAAAUACUACUUUUUUAAUGGGAGGCAUCGUUCUUGUGACUAGGAUUGUACUGAUAUUAACUUGAAAACACCAAAAAAAUGAUAACAUGAGUUCUGUUUUUAUACGAUGGUAUUGUAUUGUACUCUUUGACUUUAAAGAAGAACAGAAUUUGAUUGAA